AUGGCUAUCAAACGAUUUCACCUUCUGGGCGAAGACCCUUCAACAGCCCAAGAUAUUGAACUGCCUUCAUCAUUAGAUUACCAAAGCUUGCAGCAUCUGGUAGCCUCUCACUUUGCCAUAGUUGAUCCAAAUGGCAUCGGUUUCGUCACUCAAUCCGAGGCCUUGAUGACUGUCACAGACGUCGUCGCAGUUGAGGAUGACGUUGCCAUUACCGUUGACGGCAAGGCUGUCCAUGAAGUCCCCGGCCCCAAAGGCCUUCCUUUCAUUGGAAAUUACUUUGAGGUGUACCCAGACCAUCUUGGUAACCACCAGCGGCUCUUCGAGAAGUACGGGCCUAUUUUCAAAACCACCAACAUGGGUAGCACGGUAUACCACACAAAUGACCCUGCUUUGGCCAGUAUCGUGUUUGGCGAGACCGACUUUUUCUCCAAGCGAAUCAUUGAAGGGCAUCCCCUGUAUCCCAUCAAAAACCAAGAAUCUGGCGUCUUUCUUGGUGACACCAACACGCCAGAAUGGAAAGAAGUGCACAAGUUUUUACCGCCAGCGUUAGGCCCCAAGGCAGUGCGACACUACGCGCCAACAAUGCAGCAAACAGUCGAGGAUGCGUUCAAGGUCUUUGACGAACUUGAUGAACGUGAUGAAGCAUGGAAUGUAUAUCCGUACAUGCUUAAACUCGGCUCUCAGGCUGUCGGGAAAUUGGUGCUUGGCAUGGACUUUCAACACUUCAGUUCUGUCGAUUCGCGGCCUCACGAAAUGGUGCUGAGGAUUGCCCAGUCACUCGAAUUGAACAAAAAGAUCACUGCCAUGGGCGGUUGGUAUCGGAAUUUGCCCUUUGGAGAUCCUCAGCGCCUUCGCGAGGCACGAGCGCGCAUCGAGACAAUGAUGGAGGAGUCCGUGGCGAAUGCGUCCAAAGGCGUUGAAGACCUGGACCUGCAAAACGCUGCUCUCCAAGCGGAAAACAUGGUCGACUAUGUGCUACGCGCCAGCGACAGCAAAGGCAACAAGCUUCCUCGUCACCGCAUCAUGGAGCCACUUGUGGUUGCUACCGGCGCGGGCUUCACAACAACAAGCUCGCUGCUGUCAUGGCUUAUCUACGGACUCGUCGUGUACCCGGGCAUGCAAGAACGCAUUCUGCAAGAAUUGAUCGACAACGGAUUUGAACAAGACACGCAAAUCACUUCCGACUUGACCAACAAGCUGACGUUUCUCGAUAAAUACAUCAAGGAGACACAGCGUCGACAUAACCCAUCUUACCAACCUGCACGAACGGCGGCGGUAGACAUGAUCCUACCAGGAGGUUAUAAAAUUCCCCAAGACGCCAUUGUCAUACCCGCCCUACACCACAUUCACAACAACACUAGGAUCUGGGACAAUCCCACGCUUUUCGAUCCAGACCGCUGGGAUACGGAGCGUGUCAAGAACCGGCCGAACGCAUCGUACAUUCCCUUCGCCACUGGACCUCGCAUGUGUGUUGGGUUCAAUUUUGCUUUGCAAGAGGUCAAGGUCUUUUUACCCAAGCUUGUGUAUCGAUACAAAUUCAGCCUCGCCCAGGACGGCCCGGUUGACUACGAUCCUAUGUUCCAGUUGAUUCGGCCGAACAAUCUGUACGUAAGAGCUGAGAGGAGGCUCAAAUGGCCACCAAGGAGUGAAUAG